AUGGUCCACACCCGUGGGCAAGGCGCCCGACCCGAGGGCUUUUCGGAGUACCAACCUCCCAAACGUGAGCGAAAACAGCGUCCAGUCGGACGCAAUGCGCCCUCGGCGCCUUUCAUUGUCUCCCGUUCUCCCUGUGCUGAGUCCCCUGCCCGCCACAUCCUCACCGCGGAUCCGUCUUCCCUGACGGAGGCGGCAACGAGGAGGACAUCUGCCCAGGCCAACCCCCGGUAUAGAGAUGCGUGGACCCAAACGGACGCUGAGCUGACGUGCAAAUGCCAACUAGAGCCCGCGAGCGCGAAACGGCGACGAGACCCAGACGAAAGCACUGACCAGAGCGCGUCGAAGCGGCGGAGGGCCGUCACCCCCGAACAGCCGAAGUUCCUGUUUUCCAAGACUCGAAACCGAAGCCUCUUGACCUCAGCGCCGCCCAAACUCAGCUCCCGGCGUGAGUCUCCCUUUUUCCACCGCGCAUUCGAGCCCACGAGCCCCGAGUCCAGUCCGAUUACUCGAGAAGAACGUCCGACAUCACAAGAGCGGCCGAGCCCUCAACCACCGAAGACUCCUGCCCCGACCCCAGCUCCCGCUAGUAUUUUCGGAAGUGUGAGGAAAUUUCUAGGCUACUUGACGGGGAGCGGUGCACAAGGUGCGGCAGAAAGUGAAACACAAACACCACAACAACACCCACAACAAAGCAGUCUCGGUCGUUCAGACCAAGACCGAGACAGCGACACAACUGCCCGAGAACAAGAAGAAUUCUCCGAACAAGGCAGCCCUACCCCCACACCACGCAUCACCAUCGAUGAACCUGAAUCUCUUGCUCACGACUCCCCCACGGUUGACAGCAGAAUUCUUACACGCGACUAUUUCAAGAAACGCAGAACAGCCAACACCAUCGCGGGUCGGGAACAAAUAGCAGCUAUGGCGGACAGCACGGAGAGUAAAGCAGCGGCAGACUUCCACCCCACAGACACUCCCGGCACCAACAAGCGCAAACUCGCGUCGUUUGAAGGCCAUAUCCCCGGCCCAAGAAGCGGCGGGUUCGGAAUCGAGGACAGCUAUCUUGACGUUGAAAACGAAAUCGAAGGGAUCGGUGAAUCAUCAUCAUCAUUGGCAGAGGCGCUCCCUGCAACACCCGCAUCCAAACUACCCCCACAAACUCCUCUACGCUCUGCAUUGAGACAGACCGGCGCAAAUCUCGGUUCCGUGGGACGAUCCGUCAAAUCAGUACGCAUCAACCCCGUCGACUCAGUCAAAGCCGUCUAUGGCCAAUACGGUCGCUCUGGAGACUAUCGCGGCAGCACCUUUGCUGACCUGUCAAGCCAGUCGCCGGACUCCUCAUCUUCUCUUCCGUUUGACGUGGAUCACAUUCAUUCGCCGACAACCUUGCAGAACACGAGAGGGAAUGUGACUUCUAGAUUCCACCUCGAUCCCACCGUCACUGAUCCCAAUGACCACACCUGGCGGCCAUCCCCUGCAAAUCCUCGACCUGGUCACUUCCGCGUUCCGGAUGACGACGAAUUUGAGGAUGAAGAGGAAGAUGACACACCAACGCCUCGUCACGCAACGGCACAUGAAGACGUGCCACCUCAACCCAGUACUCCUAGGAUGUCACAUGCCGAACUUCCCCAAAACACCCCGUUCGAAUAUUCGGGCUUCACUGGACACACCGACAGCAUUGUGGUGAACGAGACGCAAGAGUUGCGGCUCAACAAGGCGAGAUCAGACGCACAGAAGUACAAACCCGCCAAGUCUUCUCGCCUUUCUCUGAGCGAGCAAGCGCGAUCGCGAUCAUCGUCUCCUCCCAGCUCCGAAACGGAACUGACCGAAACGCAACUCGGGCCAGGCACGCCGCAGGCGGACAAAUAUGCUGACAGACAGUCGCAUGAAACACCGGCUCCGGCUCCGGCUAGUCGACGACCUUCAGCAACGACACUCAUGAGCCGCGAAGAGUUAGACAACACCGUAAUUGGGGAAGAUGGCAUGACAGAGUACCAACGCGAGCAUCAGUACGACUCGUGGGCGGAAGAUCUUUUCAACGGCAUCAAUGCGCCGGCACCACAGACAUAUGUCGAAGCCGGCAUUGCAUCGUCAUAUGUGGAAUCACUUGUACAAAGAACAUGGACAGAGAGAGACACCAGAGAGUCGAUUGAGUUCUGGGACAAGGAAUUCGAGGAAGGACUGAAGGCCGCCCGGGAGGCGAGCAGACAAGGAAGAAGGUUGGUUUGGGUGACAGACCCGGAGGAGAUUUUGGAGAUGGAACAAAACGGGUACUGA